AUGGACUUUAUAUUGAAACCAGUUAUUUCAUGUGCUGGUGAUGAAAAUCUUUUGCCUUAUUUCGAAAGCCGCUGUUUAUCGACUUUGGGGAGUCAGCAGGUGGUAUGGAAACAUCCAAAACUGUCAAUGGUUCAUUCUGUACGAUUAGGAGCAUGUUUUACAAGAUUUCGUGUUAGCCAGUUACAGUCCAACGUCAAAGUUUUAUCAAGUGGAAGACCUAUUCGACCUGUGGGUACAUUUCAACCAUUACUUUAUAUUUAUGUGACUUCAAAUGAUGUUUCUCAUUAUACAUCACAUGGUGGACGGAAUGCUAUCGGUAGUUGGUUAGGCCAUUUACGUGCCAGAAAUGUAUUUGACUGGCUUAUUAUUAUGGUUAAUUCGGAUCCACAGUAUAACACACCAAAAAUUCUACAAAAAUCAAAUGUACUUGACAAAAUUAGAAGUGAUUUUAAUGUUCGUACAGGCGACCGACAAUUUCUAGAAGUACCAGCACCUAAUUCAGCUGAAGAAAAACUAUUCAAUGAAUCAUGGAAUCAGUUAACUUAUCUUGUUCGUAAAUCUAUCAUAUCGGCUUGUAUGUCAAUUAUUGCUGAUUAUGAUAUACAUUUACAAAUGCUGACCGAUUCGUGUUCAACCUUUACAUGGGAUUAUUUUGAGUAUUUAGAUAGAAAGGAAGAAUUAGCGCAUAUGUAUUUGUUUCUUGGUGGACAUGAACAUGCUUUACAUGAGUAUCGUGAAGCAACUGAAUUACUUUCUAAAUGUAUUCAAGCGUCAACACAACAAGGAUCUAAACGUCCUCAAUGGUUAGAUCGAUUAACACAAUUGUCAUCAUCGGAUGAAGUAUCACAUUAUGUGUGUGAUUAUUCUUUAGAUGUGACGAAUACAGAAAUAAAACAGUCUAGUCGUUUAAAAAAUCGUAACGCUACAUUAUUCGAAUUGAAAAAUUACCUUUUAUCAAGACAAGCGUCAAUAUUAUGUAUAUGUGAUCGAUUAAAUGAAUUUCCUGCAUUUGCUUAUCAUACCAUUUGUUCUACAUUGACUGAAAUAAACAUAUUAGAUAUUCAAACGGAUAAUUUAUUUCGCGCUGUUUGGAUUCUGUGUAUUUGUUUAAAUACACUAACAAAUAUCCGACUAGAUUCAGAUCGUUCAAUGGAUGAUGUCAAUAAAUCAAUUAUUGAAUUAUUGGAUACAGCUUUUUCAUGCAAUAAUAUUUUAGAGAAUAUUAAUUUUACACGCCUUUCAAAGUUAUCAUUUAAUAGGCAGUUGUCGUCGUCGUCAUCAUCAUCAUCAUCGUCUUCAUCACCGACCAUAACAACACAAAGUGUAUUUAUUGAUGCUAACAAAGAUUCAAAUGUUACUAUUUGGUAUAUGAGUCAUAUAGUUGAUAAAAUCUUCACUCAUUUUCGUUGUUAUGAAUAUCCAUUAUUACGUAAUACUUCUCAUUUAUCAUCUAUCAAUAAUGUUACUAGUACAUCAACAGAAAAUUCAUCAAUAAUUCAUAAAUUAUCAUUGAAUAAAAUCAAUAAUGAAAACGAUUAUUUUUGUUCAGAAAAUUAUUCUAUUGAAUUAUGGUUAAUUAUAUUUAAUUAUAUAAAACAAAUUGGACAAUUCAUUGGUUUAUGGUGUAUUAAAUCAAAUUUAUCUAUUCAUCAUGAAAAAUAUUCAUUAUUCAAUAAAAUAAUUACUGAUCAUUUAAUCCAUAAUCAACAAUCAAUAAUUAAAGAUUCUAUUCAACAACAACAACAACAAAAUAAUAUUGAAAAUCAAUUAAACUUAGACAUAGAACAAAUCAAUGUAGAACAAAUACAAUUAAAUCAUUCUAUAUUAUUUGCUCAUAAUCAUUUAAUUCCAUUAUUUACAUCAACAUUAAUUUAUUCACAAAUAUUUACAUCAAUUGGACAAACAUUAAUUGGUUUCUUUAAAUUAAUACAUUGUCCUAAACGUGCAUAUGAAAUUGUUUAUGAUUUAGCUGAUUUCUUAUUUUCACAAGGAGCUCAUGAAUCAGCUUCAUGGUUAUAUGAGUCACUAAUAAAUCAUUAUGAUGAGUCUUCGUGGAUUGGUUUAGUAACAAGUACACGUAUAUGCUUGGCAUGGUGCUACCAUUCCUUAUGUGUAAAGAAGCAUUUUGAAACUAAAGAUGAUUAUGAAAUUGCUCGAAAAUACAUUCAAAUCUGUUUCAUCUUAGCUGGUACAAAACAUUCUGUAUUACGUACAGCUGCUAUUCAUGUUUACAAUAAAAUUCAAUUUUGGUAUCAAACAAUAGAUUUUACACAAAUUUUAUCAAUACCAUCAUUUAAUGAUUCAAUUAACCCAAAUUAUUGGUGGAAAGAAGCUGUUGAAUUUCGUAAUUCUUUAUUAGCAUAUCAUCAAUGUAUUGUUUUGGAUCCUUAUCAAAUGUCACCAUUGUUUCGUUUAAAAUCUGUUGAAUUGGAAGGUGUUUGUAAUUGUGGUUAUCAAUUGAUUUUUAUUCAAUUAAAGUCUAAUUCGGAUCGAACAUUUAAAGCAUCAGUACACAUUAGUGGAUCAGAACCUUCGUACAUCGACUGGCAAACAUUGUUGAAUCCAAACGAAUUUCUACCUUAUCAUGUAAUGGAUAAAACUAAUCAUUUAUUGAUGCCACAGUUAGAUAGCCAACUACAUUUGAUCAAUUUGACUACUGCUCCUAGUAUCUCUGUUGUCAAAAGCUUAGCAGAACCAAAUAUUCAUAGUUCAAUACAAAUUUUAAGACAACAUUCACUUUGUCCAACGAAAAAACGAUCACGUAUAUCAUUCAGUAUUAAUGGUAAACACGAUAUGUUUGGAAAUGAAAAUAGAGAAUCAUCUACUCCUGUUUCAACUAAAAAUCCACUUUUUAUUUUAAAUCAUGAAGAUUCUUUUGUAAUGAUAAAACCUGGGUUAAAUAAAUUGUCAUUUAUAGCUAAUGCACCAGGAUUUUUAAUUCCAGAGAAAAUAUUCAUUAAUUGUCUUGAUGAAAUCAAUAUCGAAUUAAAAGAACCAUUAACAGAACAAGAAUCUUUAGAACCGUCAAUUUAUAGUCAUUCCGAAGUAAAUUUCGUAUCAGAUAUAGAUGGUGAUGUUUUUGGAUCUAGUUGGCGUGAUACUGCAAUGAUGAAAACAUUGUUACCUAAACCAGAGAUUUCAAUAUCAAAUAACUCGAGUGGUAAACGAUAUCCAGUGGUGUUUGGUACAUGUCAACCAAUUCCAGUUCAAUUAAGAUUAGGCAAACUGGGUUUAUCAGAAGAUUGUAAGUUAAGCACAAGUCUAUAUCGUAUUUGUUCAAAUAAUAAAAAUUUUGUAUUCAAGACUAAAGAGGAAACAAAUUUCAUGAAAACUUAUAACAACACUAAUGGUAAUGAUGGAAAUGAAACAAUUUUCAAUAAUCAAUCCAGUACCACUAUUGAUGGUGGUUAUCAAAUACAUAAUCAAUAUAGUGAAAAUGAUUAUUCACUAAUUUCUAAUUCAUUAGAAAAUCAUCAAGAGGAACAUUUGCAUAAAAAGCAUCAAACUUUAUUUAGUCAAUUUAUUUUAGAAGAUGGACCAGUUGAUUUUAUACGAGAAUAUAAUCCGUUAUCAAAAAGUUUAAAAUGUAAAAUUAAUCAUCCUAUGCCAACAUUUCCACCUGGUUGUUGUUUACAAUUAAGUAGACCAUUAUAUCUAUCGGCUACAUCUUGUAAUGAUCAAUUUGCACUUUCAAUGCCUAGUGGACAUUAUUGUAUUCUACCAAUAGAUAUUAUCAAACCGCUUGGAUUCAAUUUGAAUAUAUUCCCUUUACCUAAAACAUACGUUAUCUUCAGUCUAAACAUUACUUGUGUGGACACUGACCCAGAUUCAAUUAUAACACCAGAAGCAUACUGCAGUCAAAAUCUACUUUGCAAAGACCCAAUAACAUUUGAAUUGUCUAAUAUGCGAUUCUAUAUUUGUGCUUCAAAACUUUACUUAUCCAGACGUCUAGCACUAAGUAGUUCCUUUUCAAAUGGUCAGAAUCAACCUUAUAAUCGUCAACUGAAGUCACAUAGCUAUCUCUCGGUGGAAGAUAAUCAUCAAAUUACUGGGGAUUUUACUAAAAAUGAUGUCCUAGAAACAGGUUCCGCGGACAAAUUAUAUGAUACUGUCAGUGAAACCAUUGAAUCUUUAACUGGUGACCUUCUGGACAAUAGAAUCACCAAGGCUUAUGUCACUCAUUUAACACCAUUUUCAAUACCUUGGCGUUUCAAAUCACUAGAAUAUAAUAAUUUUAUGAAAUUUUGUAAAGAAUCUCAUUGUCAACCAAUUGGACGUUUCGAAUGUACAAUGAAUCGAAUUGGUAAUGUUAAAAAAGUUAAUCAAGAUAUAAGAGUGGAUUGUGUUAUUAGACAACAGAUAUAA